AUGGCCCAGAUCAUUAGUGCUGUUGCUCCAAUGUCACAUCUCCACAGUCAGCUCACCGCAGGAGUACGGAUCGAGGCUGAAGGCUGGCUUCCCUAUGGAUCCAGCCCUGGAGCAGAGUGCAGACUGGAUAAGAUUGUAAUCGUAGGUAUAGCAACAGGGCAAGAGGUGCUGCACAAUAAGAGCGUGUUCAAAGGUUGGUGCCAUUUACGGACUAUGAUCCAAGAGAAUGUUUCUUUUUUGCCUUCAGAAAACUCAAUAGCGCAGACCACGUCACUACACAUUAAUGCUGAAAAAAAUGUGAGCUCUCAUCUAUUUGUGGAGACAGGAUUGUCUGAUCUGGCUGUGGGGUUGAUUCUGCUGGCUUCCUCACUGAUGGUUCUUCGCACCUGCGUCCUGCUGCUGGUUAAGCUUCUCAACUUCCUUCCCCAGGGACAAGUGGCCAAAGCCAUCCAUAAAAUCAUCAACACAGACUCCCCUAUCUCAUUCGGCUGGCUGACUGGCUACCUGGUUGGUGCCGGCAUGACCUUUGUUAUUCAGAAGAGUUCGGUGUUUACUUCUGCCUUCACUCCUUUGAUAGGUAUGGGUGUGAUAAGUAUUGAGUGGGCCUACCCUGUGACCAACAUCGGAACAACCACUACAGCUACCUUAGCCGCAUUAGCUAACCCAGGAGCAGUGGUGUAAUGAGACAAGCUAGCUGCGGCCUUUCAAGUUGCCCUGUGUCAUUUCAUCUUCAAUGUUCUGGGCAUAUUUCUUUGGUACCCAGUUCCUUUAAGCCAUCUCCCCGUCUGCAUGGCAUGGUUUUUGGGUGAGUGGACAUCAAAAUACAGAUUGUUUGCUAUGCUUUACCUGAUUCUUUGCUUCCUCUUCCUGCCAUCCAUUGUCUUUGCCCUCUCCAUGGCUGGAUGGCAGGUUCUGGUGGGUAUUUGUGUAGCAUGUGUUGCUGUCCUCCUCUGCAUUGUUGUUGUGAAUAGACUGCAAACACAAAAGCCUCACCUCCUGCCUUGGUGGCUGCAAACCUGGGACCACCUACCUCUCUGGAUGCACUCACUCAAACCAGUGGAUAACAUCAUCACAAGAGUCACAUUGUGCUGCAGGGAAACCCGGAACAAUGUUCAGAGCUGUAUGUCUCCCGAGGAUCUGCCACAGCUGACAGAAUAUGAAGCUGAGAAAAAUAUUGCGCCUUUGGCACACAAUAGCCCAGCUUUGAUUUAUAGUUAUGAGACUGAGACUGGGGCUGUAUUUGACUCAUUGAAUGGCAAGAGCAGCAGGCUGUAG